AUCUCACUCACAAAGAAAAAAUAACUGAUUUGAAGGGUCUGAUACAGUUAAUCUCACAAAUACCAAAAAAUACCUAUGGACUUUUGACAAGGUUUUUAGUUUUGGCGUCAGUUCUAAGACAUGAUUAGGAGGUCUAACUAUUAGGUCCCGAAAUAUAGAACUAUCUUAGGAUAAUCAAAAAUAGAAUUGUGCUACCCUCCUUUAUUUUAGUUAUGUGCUGUAUUUCAUACUAAGAAAAAAAAACAUAUAACAGUCUGAAAAAUGUAAGAGAAAAGGGGGGGGAAAACAGAAACCGUCCGAUUAUAAAUUGAACGAUGAGAGAUGAAUGUUCUCUCGAGUGUGGCGAGUUGGUAGUGAGAGAGAAAAUUAAAAACAAUUAAAACAGAAGAAAAAAUGUAAAAAUUGUUUUUUUUUUUUUUGUAAAAUCUGGAAACAAAAAGAAAGAAGAAGAUUUUUUUUCUUUUUGAUAAGCAAAGAAACAAGAAGAUGAGAGAGAAGGAGACAGAUAAUUAAAUUAGAGGUGUAUAGGGGAGAGACUGAGAGAGAGAGGGAUUAUUAAGGUUAUGGCGGCGUUGCAGAGCGCGAGAAAGGUGAUUAAACAUCUCUCUGAUCUCUCUUCUUCUUUCCCUUUCUCUCUGUGUGUUUUUUAAAUACUCUUUUCCCCUUUUUUUAAGUACUCACUCUUCUCUCGUACCGACAAACGAGCUCUGCCUUUACCAGACCCUUAAAAGCUACUCAACUUCAAUACACUCCAAACUCAGAGAAUGAAUACUUCUACCUAAACCCUAGUAACCCUCUUACUCUCAAUAGUCUCGAAGAUCUAGAGGGAGAAAAUUAAAAAAAAAAAAAGAGAGAGAGAGAGAGAGAUAGGAUUUUUAGAGAGGAUCUUUAGAGCGUGGUAUAGUAUAUAUGGAUAGUGGUCGUGUUGCGAGUGAAUGGCGGGGUUUUUCUCGUUAGGCGGUGGAGGAGGAGGCGGAGGGGGAGGAAACAGCCAAGAAGAACACCGGAAUCCUCCUCCGCCUGUAUCAGAGGCUUGGCUCUGGUACAGAAACCCUAACACAAACGCAAACGCCCCUUCCUCUUCAAACGCUGCUUUAGGCACACUUGAGCUAUGGCAAAACCACAAUCAGCAAGAAAUCAUGUUCCAGCAUCAACAACAUCAACAAAGGUUAGAUCUUUACUCCUCAGCCGCUGGUUUAGGAGUCGGACCAAGCAACCAUAGUCAAUUCGAUAUCUCCGGCGAAACCUCAAACGCCGCCGCCGGGAGAGCAGCGGCGCUCAUGAUGAUGCGGAGUGGCGGAAGCGGCGGAGGAGGAAACGGUGCGAGCUGUCAAGACUGUGGGAAUCAGGCGAAGAAAGACUGUGCUCACGUUAGGUGUCGAACUUGCUGCAAGAGCCGUGGCUUCGACUGUCCUACGCACGUGAGGAGCACGUGGGUUCCUGCCGCAAAACGCCGUGAGAGACAACAUCAGCUAGCCACGGUUCAGCCUCAAACGCACCAGCCACGCGGUGACAGCGGCGUACCCAAACGCCAACGUGAGAACUUACCAGCAACUUCUUCUGCUCUUGUCUGCACUCGCAUACCUACCCACAACGCUUCAGGUUUAGAGGUUGGAGAUUUCCCAACGGAGGUGAGCUCACCGGCAGUGUUUAGAUGCGUGCGAGUGAGCUCUGUGGAAGAUGGAGAAGAAGAGCUUGCUUACCAAACAGCCGUAAGCAUCGGUGGUCACAUCUUUAAAGGCGUUCUCUACGACAACGGUCCUGGAAGUAGCGGCGGCUACAACGCAAUCGCCACGGGUGAGAGCUCUUCUGGUGGCGGAGGAGGACACCAGCUGAAUCUCAUAACAGCUGGAUCUGUGACUGUCGCAACGGCUUCUUCCUCCACUCCAAACGCCGGUCGUAUAGGCAGCUCCUCCGCUGCGUCUUACAAUGAUCCAUCCUCUCUUUAUCCAACUCCGAUUAACACUUUCAUGGCCGGUACACAGUUCUUUCCUAACCCAAGAUCAUGAUGUUAAUCUGACAUAAUGCAGAAUAACUCUUUUGAAUUCUUAGAAUAGAAUUAGGGUUUUACAAGUCAUGAAUUGUUGGGUCCAUAUUACAUAAAGAUGUAAAAGGGGGAAAAUUAGGAGGAAAGUGGAUCUGUUUAUGCUUCUUCUGGACACUCAAAGUCGUUGCAAUUCUAGGGUUUUAAAAGGGAAAUUUAACUAAAUAAUAUCAUCAUCUUAUUAUAAUGAUUGUGUGAGGAUAUAGUGUUAUUUAAAUGUUGCCUGAAUGGCUGAAUCUUUGUUUCAUUAAUGUGUAUGUUUCUUGAUUGCGUAACACGUAACCUUAGAAUC